UCCCUUAUCUUUUUAUCUUUCCAGGAAAAUGAAAUCCAGAGACUCUGAGAAUUGAGAAAUGCGAAUUGGAACUUUGAAACCCCAACCAGUUCAGGGUUAAACUCGUAGCCAAACAUGUCGUGCAUCUACAGCAGCUCAAUCUCUUCCUUCUCUGCUCUCUCCACUUCCCUCAGAUCGAGGUCUCCUUCUCCUUCAAAUUCAAAGCCCAGGAUUUACUGUGCCCUUGGAGGGACUGUGGCAGAACCAAUAAUUAUUAAUGCUACUGAACCCCUCUUGCUUACUGCUGUUCGAGGUGAAGAUGUUGAAAGACCCCCAGUUUGGCUUAUGAGGCAAGCAGGGAGGUACAUGAAGAGUUACCAAAUCAUAUGUGAGAAGUAUCCUUCAUUUCGUGAAAGAUCAGAAAAUGUUGAUCUUGUUGUGGAAAUUUCUCUGCAGCCAUGGAAAGUUUUUAAACCUGAUGGGGUUAUUUUAUUCUCAGACAUCCUUACCCCUCUUUCGGGGAUGAACAUACCUUUUGACAUCAUAAAAGGUAAAGGUCCUGUCAUAUUCAAUCCUUUGCGCACAGCUGAUGAUGUUGAACAAGUAAGAGAAUUUGUUCCUGAGGAUUCAGUUCCAUAUGUUGGGGAAGCAUUGACAAUCUUGAGAAAAGAGGUGGAUAAUGCAGCAGCAGUGCUGGGUUUUGUUGGGGCCCCCUUUACUCUGGCAUCAUAUGUGGUUGAAGGUGGUUCAUCAAAGCAUUUCUCCAAAAUAAAGAGACUAGCUUUCUCUCAACCCAAGGUUCUCCAUGCACUCCUUCAGAAAUUCACAACCUCCAUGGCAAAGUACAUCCAGUACCAAGCUGACAAUGGAGCUCAAGCUGUUCAGAUCUUCGAUUCAUGGGCAACGGAACUUAGCCCAGUAGACUUUGAGGAGUUCAGCCUGCCUUACUUAAAGCAGAUUGUGGAUUCUGUGAAACAAACCCAUCCAAAUCUCCCUCUAAUUCUCUACGCAAGCGGGUCUGGGGGUUUGCUCGAGAGGCUACCUUUGACGGGUGUUGAUGUAGUGAGCUUGGAUUGGACAGUUGACAUGGCUGAAGGCCGGCGGAGACUGGGAACCGAUGUGGCCGUUCAGGGCAAUAUAGAUCCGGGCGUUCUAUUUGGUUCAAAAGAGUUCAUCACCAACCGGAUAAACGACACAGUGAGGAAAGCUGGUAAAGGGAAACACAUUUUGAAUCUUGGCCAUGGAAUUGUGGUAGGUACACCAGAAGAGAAUGUUGCUCAUUUCUUUGAAGUAGCUAGAGGAAUCAGAUACUAAGACCCAGAUCCAGGUUUUUUUCCUUUGAUGCUGAAUUGAAUUUCAUGUACUAUUGGUUUUGUUUAACCUCUUGUUUCAAUUGUUGUACUACUUUAGAGGGCUGCUUCAAAGUAGAGAAAGAAUACUAAAUGCGAUUCUGUAGACAGGUCUAUCUUCUUACCCUUAUUUUAUUUUAUCUUCUUUUCUGUCC